AUGCUCCCAGGACGGCCAGCUAAAUCAUCUUCUCGUUUGUCAGAUUUUACCCAAUCUGCAGCAACCAUCUCCAUCAAAGUACCCCUUGCCUUGAUCUUCUUCUGGUCUCACGUUCUGCAGCUGGAGAGGAUGUCCGGGAAAACCCUAUUCGACAAUGAAAUUGGCAGCCAUCAACAACCAGGACGCCCGCCAACCAUCCUCAUGCAUAGCCGCCGAAAGGUCCUAUUUCGUAGUUACAAAUCUGAAUUGAUCAUCGGUGAUGAGCGGUCGGUAGUGUCGUGGAUCGUCGUUCCGGCGAUGGGGGUCGUCAUUGAUGAAAUCGCCGGCGAGUCAAGCCAUUGA